UGCUUGCACACCAAGCCUUCCACUGUGACUCACUCUGCCAGUCUGGGUUCCGAUUUGCUGGGUCUCUCUGGAAGUCUGUAUGUUGAGUGUUUCCAACACCUGUGAUUCUGUUUUUGUGAAUGGGAAGGAAAUGAAGAGCAAGGUGGACACAAUUGUGAACUUCACCCACCAGCACUUCACCUCCCAGUUCGAGGUCACUGUCUGGGUUCCCAGACUCCCCCUGCAGAUUGAGAUCUCAGACACAGAGCUGAGCCAGAUUAAGGGCUGGAGGAUCCCGGUGGCCACCAACAGGAGGCCCACCCGAGAGAGUGAGGACGAGGAUGAUGAGGAGAAGAAGGGACGAGGCUGCUCUCUACAGUACCAGCAUGCCACGGUGCGCGUCCUCACCCAGUUUGUGGCUGAGUCGCCCGACUUAGGGCAGCUGACCUACAUGCUGGGUCCCGACUGGCAGUUUGACAUCACUGACCUCGUGACUGAGUUCCUGAAGGUGGAGGAGCCCAAAGUCGCUCAGUUACAGGAUGGCAGGACCCUGGCUGGUCGGGAGCCAGGAAUCACCACCGUGCAGGUCCUCUCCCCUCUCUCUGACUCUAUCUUGGCUGAGAAGACAGUGAUCGUCCUGGAUGACCGAGUCACCAUUGCAGAGCUAGGUGUGCAGCUCGUGGCUGGCGUGUCUCUUUCCCUGAAGCCUCACCGAGCAGACAGAAGGGUCAUUGUCUCCACAGCAGCGGCCCAGGACGUGCUUCAGUCCCCACAGCAGGAAGCAAUAGUAAGUUCUUGGAUUUUGUUCAGUGAUGGUUCGGUGACACCUUUAGACAUUUACGAGCCCAAGGAUUAUUCAGUUUCUGUCUCAUCAUUGGAUGAAAUGGUGGUGUCUGUCCAGGCAAACCCUGAGUCCAAAUGGCCGGUUGUGGUUGCAGAGGGUGAAGGACAAGGGCCCUUGAUGAAGUUAGAAAUGAUGAUUAGUGAACCAUGUCAGAAGACCAAGCGGAAGAGUGUUCUUGCUGUGGGUAAAGGAAAUGUCAAGGUCAAAUUUGAACCAAGUAUCAAUGAGCACCAAGGAGGCACCAAUGAUAUUGAGGGCAUAAAUCGGGAAUUUAAAGACCACCUCAGUAAUUCCAUAGAGCGUGAAGGAAACCAGGAGAGAGCAGUUCAGGAAUGGGUUCAACAUGGUGCAGCUGUUGGCCAAGAGGAAGGUACCAACAAAAGCACCACCCCACUGGCUCCCAUGGAAGGAAAGAAUAAGAAGUUACUCAAAAGUGGUGGUCCAGACACCUUCACAAGCUUCCCCACUCAAGGGAAGUUACCGGAGCCUAAUAAUCCCAGUGACCUUACAAUGACCUCGAGGGGGUUGACGGACCUGGAGAUUGGCAUGUACGCCCUGCUCUGUGUCUUCUGUCUGGCCAUUCUGGUCUUCUUAAUCAACUGUGUGGCGUUUGCUUGGAAAUACAGACACAAAAGGUUUGCGGUGAGUGAGCAAGGCAACAUCCCCCAUUCCCACGACUGGGUCUGGCUUGGGAAUGAAGUGGAACUUUUGGAGAACCCUGUGGACAUUACACUCCCAUCAGAGGAGUGCACAACCAUGAUAGACAGGGGGUUGCAGUUCGAGGAGAGGAACUUCCUUCUGAAUGGCAGUUCCCAGAAGACUUUUCAUAGUCAACUACUCAGACCUUCUGACUAUGUCUAUGAGAAGGAAAUGAAAAAUGAACCUAUCGGUUCUUCUGGCCCAAAGAGGAAGCGGGUCAAGUUUACUUCCUACACUACCAUUCUCCCAGAGGACGGCGGCCCAUACACCAACUCCAUCCUGUUUGACAGCGAUGAUAACAUCAAGUGGGUCUGCCAAGAUAUGGGGCUGGGGGACUCCCAGGACUUUAGAGACUAUAUGGAAAGACUGCAAGACCAGAUGUAAACUCCUUUCUUAUGUUUGUAUUCACCUUUAUGCCUUCUGUUUUUGAAUGGGUGGAGCAGUGAGUUUGAUCAGCAAUAGGGGAUGAUUUAACAAAGUUUGAUUUGUGGAGGUCUGGUGGGAACCCUUUCUAAGCAGGUGUCAGAGGUCUGGCAAGCUAUAGCAGCUGAGUUUUAAGCCGGGAAUAGCCUCCAAAACAGCUACAUGUAGGGACUGGAGAAAUUCUAAGGAAACAGUUUUAUUAACUGCCUGGUACUAGCUCAGUGCAAAUAUAAAUACUGACCCCACAGACAUUGUUAGUCAUCUCGUGACAAAUGGCCAUGUGGAAUCAGAAAAGAUUUGGGUGUUGAUUUUUUCUAUUCCUAGACCUUUUAAAGCACAGUGGACACUUAUUGCCCUUGGCCUGAGUUCAGACAUACAUGAAAGAUGACUGAAUGUAGCUAUCCUUAUUUGUUACGAGCGCUGCUCAUUAUUUUUAUAUACAUUUGCACCUGCACCUGUUCCUUUGACCUCUGGAAUUCUUUUUGAAAUACGAAGAGAAGAAAUUUCAGUCUUUUCUUUGGGCUCUGUUUGAUUUACAUAUGAGUUGUAUUCACUGGGAUUUGCCAUGCCAUGUUAUUUCCUAGGUCUCCAUGCAGGAUGUCAGGUUUUUCCAAUUCUCCACACUUCAUUGUUGAGGGUCAGUAUCUAGGAAGCUUGUUCUCACUUUGUUUUUCCUUUUAUUGUUGAACUUUCUUGUAUAAGACUGGGACAAAGGGUUUUACUUAAAAUCUUAAUAUACUGUGAGGGAGGGCCAUCUCUUUACAGUUUUCUACAUGAAGUUUCAAAUUUUGGAGAAAAGUUGUGAAUCACAAACAUUUAUUUUUAUUCUCUGCUUGUUGAAAAUUCAUGGGGAACUCUGGGUGUGUGUUUCUGGGGGCAAAGAGACCCCAACAUAGCUGUAUUUAUAGAAGUGCUUUGUGGUCAGCGCGGUUUAUGAUCCAAAUUGAAAUCUAAAAGUAGAAUUGAUCCACACAAAAAGAAAUUGCCUAGGACAUAGCUGCAGAUUAAACUUUCCUUUUUACAGAACAAUUUUUAAAAAGUAAGUAGAAUGAUGUUUCAAGUUAGCAAUAUUUAGAAAUCCAUCCAUACAAUGACCCAAAAAGAAAAAUUCUCAAUCAUGACUCUGGCAGAGAUAGAACGUUCACAGGGUGGCAUUGGCCAUGGAUUGGUGGAGAAAAGCAAUGGCUUUCUUCCUGAAACCACGCAAAUAAAUGACUGUUCCGGAACGCAAGAAGCAGCUGUUAUGAAAAAAAAGCUCUUGAAAAACCACAAUGGCAAGAGGAAAAAAGAAAUAAUUCAUACAUAGUUUUAAAUUAAAAAUGUUAUUUUAAUAGCAUUACGAAUGGUCUUAAGCAAGGCAAGAAUCUCAGAUUAGCAAAUGUGAUAUUUUCAUUUGAGAUGGUAUUGUGGGAGAAGCAGACACUAGACUAGUAUGCUUCAUUAUGAGCUUUACUGAGCCAUUUCUAUUUCUUAGAAAUAGAAUUUUAAAGUUGGCCAAAAGUAGGAAGGAUCUGCAGGAGGUCACUGGAAGCAGUCCCCUGACUCCAAAUGGCUGAUAACUGAGCUAGCCAAAAGAGGUGUUCAGUUGUUCUCUUGUCAUAGAUCUCCAUGGAUGAGAACAUGACAACCUAGCCUCCUCUAGCCAUGAAGUGGCAGCCAAAACAUUCUUCUUGUAUCCCUUAUUCACAGGACUGCAGUGUGUUUGUGAGAAGUGCUGAAUUUGGAGGUGAUGUGGGCCUGGCCUCAGAGGCCAAUGUUCAGCUGGUUCUGUAAGUGUUUAAAAUGGGGCUUAGGAACCAAAGCAGGUGAAAUUCCAAACAUCUUUCCUUUUGACCCAACGAUGAAACCAGGAGGGCCAGGCGUUAGCUGCAAAAGGAGUUUGCAAGAUGGCAGACACUUUCUGGGAAGAGCCCUUCAGCUAGCCACAGGCUCCUCACAGGGUUUGGAGGGAAGGUAGCCUGGGACCAACCUUGCAGGACUGAAGAAAGUUCAUAUGCUGAUUGACACAUAGUUGUCCAGGUGAGUCCUGCUCCUUCUAUGAGAUAUUUUCAAUUCUCUGUUUUUGGAUCUUUUGCAUUCUAGGAAUAAUGGGAAUUCAUCUCUGAAAGUGAAGAGCCUCCACUGAAAUAGGGAGAAAAUCUAUCUCUUAUACAUCUGUCUCUUAUACACAGCAGGGUUCUUCCUACUGAUGAAGUGAGACUUCAGGUCGGGUGUAGUUUGGGAGGGAGAAAAGGAAAGUAACCUCAUUAUAGGGAGUGUUAUUAAGUAAUGUACAAAUUAGAGUGUUCCUUAUCAUGAGAGUGCUUGAUGGGUGCAGGAAGCAAACUGGGGAGCAUUCAGAUGUGCCAGUGGUUUCUCAGCAGUUCUGGAAACUGGUUAUGGUCCUGAAGAUACCUCUUGUGAUAAUUUAGAGUCACCUAGAGGCAUAAAGCCUCUGUAAAGUCACCUUUGUCCAUACGUGUUAAAAAAACAGUUCGAAAUAAAAAUCUAAUGGAAAGUCAUGGGGAGAGGUUCCCUCUCACCAUAACCUACAUUCAGAUGUAUAUAAACACAUAUACGUACAUAUACGUGUGUGUGUGUGUGUGUGUGUGUGUGUGUGUGUGUGUGUGUGUGUGUGUGAGAAUUCUGACGAGCCAGACAAUAAACUAUUUAAUAAGAACUGACAGCAACUGUCAAUUGUUCUCAGCUUUGGCAUGGACGCUCUUCAGCAUAACAGAAUUGUGUUGAAAUAUUUCCUGCAGAUUAUAUACCAUGGGUUAUAUCACCUUGUUUUCCAACUAGACAAUAUAUUAGGCAAUAACCCCCAAAAUAUCUAACUAAAAUGGGGGUAAAGAUAUAAACUAUUAAACAUUGAAAUCUAAUUUCCUGGGGGCUGUGCAUUUGCCUGGAUUUUCCAGGAUUUUAUGACUGAGAUACCCAAAUUAUUAGUCUUGAUAAAUGUUUGUUGAGCCAAAUAACAUUUAUAAAGUCCCUUCCUUUCCCCUGGGAAUGGAAUGCUUAGACUCACCCAAGGAAGACACCAGCUAGCUUCUUGAGAAAAUACCAGGCUGUGAACUCCAUGGUCACACGAAGGGAAGUUCAGAGGUGAGCCAGUGGCCCCAGGAUCUGGAACAGUUGAAGAUGUGCAACCACUGUCUCCAGGGUCCAGAUGUGCUGCUUUAGAAGCCAGAGCACAAGAGUCGAGAAGCAGCUGCCACACUGACGAACGAGAGCCUCAAUGCACAGGUGUGUUGCAUGUCAGAGAAAGCAAGAAGAAAAGACAAUAGAAGUUUAUCCCAGAGGAGCAACAUUUAGCAAACUUCAGAAUACUCCGUAUGUUCCAAGGAAAUGAAUCAUUGACUUCCUAGUUGUUUUAUAUUGCUCGCUGCCCAGGGUAAAUUCAGACUGUAAUAUUUCCUACUACCUAGACAGAAAGUUUCUAUUUAUAAACAUUUAUGCAGGGGGAAAAUUGAUUUUUGUCCUGUUUUCACAUCUGUAGACUAAGUAAUUUGUAACUUGCUAAUUUUUUAGUUUUGGAGAGCUUGCCUUUGUGCAUUUUGGUCAGCAUUCUUGUUUCACUCUUAGAAAGUGGUCUUCCUGUUGAAUGCCAAGGCCACAGUAAAAGUUCUGUUUACCAGAAGACUAUUCAGUCUGGCAGCAAGUGUCACAGAAUAUGGCUUCAUCAGAAUCCUACAUGUCAUUGGCACUAAUGUGUUUUCUACUUGGAUCAUCUAAAAAAUGGUCUCAGUUCUCUAUUCCAUUCUCUGUCAAUGACACAAUAGAUGGUGUAUCGACUCAGCAACCUUCUCCUCCAUUAAAAUUAUAUAUGUGGAAUGUCAUGCAUAUCAUUCUUCAUGUAAAGGGACAGUAUGGAUGGCGGAAAAGUUAUGCUAACAUGUGGAUAACAUAUUUUUGUAUGUAAUAUAGGCAAUAUAAUGAACACUGAGAGGUGUGUUGGAAUAAAUACAUUUUGAAACAAAAGCAUGCAGAACUGUAGCUUUUAAAUGUACAGACAUACCACUCAAAAAUAUCUAUACUGAUGGUAAGAAAAACAUUGGAACCUGACAUCAUGAAAUGCACUGAAUUAGGAAUUCUGGCCAGAAAAGGACAUGGCUCCUGUUGGGAUUGUUGAUGGAAUCUGCCAGAACAUUUUGAUCUUAUUCUUCAUUGCUUUUGGAUUUUUUCUUUUCUUUUUUUCUGGAAAUAUUUCAGAAAUAAAGUGAUUUCAUUUUUCUGCAUAAAAAUAUAUUCUAACUACAGGAUAACUCAUCAUUUUUAACAUGAAAAUAAACAUUUAAACGUUCUUCAUUUGUUUCAUUAUUUGACCCACAUGUUCCCUACAGCAUCUGUAUGAUUGGUUCUAUUUGCAGAUAUAUUUUGCUUUUCCGCCAGAGAUUUUAAAACCCUUGAUGCAGUAAUAAAAGGACAUCAAAAAAGUCUUAGAAGUUGCAAGCAAAAUGCUUACUUUUAAAAAAAACUUCUCAUUUGUUCUCCUAGCAGACUGGGGAAAACUUCUUUCCAGAUGUUCAGAAAAAGGACUUGUAUUUCUCAUGUCCCUGUCCAGAGUCAAAUCAUUUUGAAAAUCAGUGCUGAAAUGCAUGAUACAGCGGGUGUUUGAGAGCCUUUGACUUCUACCUCCCUUUUGGUCUUACCGAUGACUUGGUUAUGUGUAUUUAUUGGGGCAGGGACUUCGUAUGGAGUCAGGGGGCUGGGGAGCUGAGGUUCCCAGGCAGGCAAGAGCUCCAAAGACAAGAAAAACACAAGACAAUUGAGAUUCUGCUUUGAAGCCUGAGGUAGACAUUUCUGCUGAAAAGGGAGUGCAUUUGCCAGGUCCCCACAGGCUCUCUGUUGGGGUGGGUGCAUUUCUUGAAAGUGUCAGUUAUUUCUGGUGUUUUGGCAAGUGCUUUUAGGAUGAAUGGGGAUACCUCUUUGGCAAUAUCUUAAACGUGUUAUAAUAAAUGCCCCAUUCCAAGCCUGGUCUUUCUCUAGGCCCUACAGACAUCUUUUAGGUAACUGGAUGUAAGCAUAAUGUUUGGCUCUGAUAUUGAGCCUGCAGAUUAGCAGACUUUUCUGCCUUUAACUUGUUGGCAGCAAAAAAUCCAAAAAUACUCUCCCAGGUGUACAAACCCACUCCCAUCAGAAUUAUUCCUGAACACUUUGGGUAAUGAUUUUCCACUGACAGCUUCCCCUUGUUUUUCUUUAAAACAUAGAAGGACUGAGCCAUAAAACACAGCCGGUUCUCCCUAGAUCUCGGCAUGCAUGUAUACAGUUUAGUAAAAUCUGUUUCAAAAGAGGAAGGAAAAAAAGCUUGAAAUGAGAUUUGUAAGAGAAUGAACCUUUGGAUUUAGAUUUUUUGUGUGAGUGCAAAAUGCAAACACUGUAUUCCAUUUUUUUGGGUAUUAAAAUCCUUAUUAAUUGCCUAUUAGUUUCUUUAUGGUUUUAUAUGAUUGAUAUAGGUUAUGGAGUUUUUAUGUUGUUUGCUCUUAAAUCAUUUUAAAAAUACAAAAAAAGUGCAGAAACCUUCUAAUCUGGGUUACCACGUUUAUAGACUAUUCUAUGAUUCAAGACGAAUAGGACUCUCACUUUCCAGAUGGGAGAUAACAAUUCAAGUCCAUUAGGGAAAUCAUCUUCCCCGUCCAAGAAAGCAAUAAUAUCAUCAACUCAUGAUACUGGGCAAUCUUUAUGUUCCAUGCGAUGCCUUUAACAUUUAUUUGGGUUUAAUUGCCGCUCUUGGUCAGCUGCUCAGAUGAAACAUUGUAGUUUUAUGUUAAGAACUGGAAUCUCUUUAGAUGCUGCAAGAACAGAGGACAGAUGUCCUCUUUAUACAUCCACAUUGCUCACUGGAAUAAAGCACUUUACAGAGAGAUGGAUGCUGCUUUGAAAUUUGGGAUCUAUGUGAUGCCGAUUUUUUGGACCCAUCUUUGGGAUGACUUAAAUCGCUUUUGACCUGACGUAUCUUUCUUUACUUCCUUUGGUCAAAAGAGCAAGUGAAAACUUUCUGUUUUUCACAUAAGGCUGGGGCUGAAAUAAUCUGCUACUUUAUUGUUACCUCCUUUGUAGGAAUCUGACUCUCUGAAUGAAAUAACACAAAAUGCCAGUGUAGAUACUGACCGUAUGGUAUAGUUACUUCACUUAGAGAUGCUUCCUUAGAGAGUGUGCCUUUCCUGUCACAAUCACUUUAGGGCCUCCAUUUUAUCUAUGUAUAUUUCUGCACAGUAUUAGCAUUUUCUACUCCCAUAAACAUUGCAGACUGACAAGGAGCACACAUCUGGCAUUGAGAAGCACUUAUCUGCCCGUGUACUCAGCACUCUUAUUUCAUUAUCCUGGUUGGUGUCAGUUUCCACUGGGGACAUCUGUAAAUGUGCAUUGGACCCACUGCCAUCUCAGUUGCUCUGGUGCAGUGAAUUGUCCCACAGUCACCAGUUCUCAUGCACAGAGGUGCCAGGACUGGCUGAUGGAAGAACCAGAUCACCAAGGGACCCUCUGUAGUUAUCCUCCAUAGCGAGGCUUAUAUUGAGCUUUUAGCAAGGACACUCAUUUAAAAUUCAAUGUGGAUUCCGAGAACAAACCUACUGCCCAACCUUUCAGGUGAUGUUCUAGGCAUUCCUCAUACAUCAUUGAGGGUCCGAGCAAACGCAAAAGCUGAGAGGUAAAAACUGAGAAUGGAGAAUUAAGUAAUAAAAAAAGAUCAAAUCCAGGGAAAAACACUGUGAAUGACAGUCACAUCCACAUAGUGAGUAUUAUGCGGCUGACCCGUGCUCUUGGAGGGAGGUCGUGUGUCUCUUCCCAUGGCAAAUCAUUUUUACAAUACUGCUUAUCUAUAAUAUAUGUCUAAAGAGCAUGCUGUUGUGUCAAAACUUCAAUUUGUGUCCCAGCCGUCAGUCCCCAGCCUCAGACUCUUCUUAAGUGUGUGGGUCCGAUCUUGGCUGCAGAACAUAGCAAGUGGCCAAACCCACACAGUCCAUCCAUGUGUGUAUUUUUGGGUGAUUUCAAGGCAGUAAACAGUGGGAACAAGUUUUGUCUGGCCUUUGGGAAAGGUGUUAUCCCUUACUUUCCACUUUUCUGGAUUGGAUUCUCAUUCCCUGGUAAACACCAGAUAUUAUAAACAGAGCAUGCUGUUUUAACAUUGUGCUUCUAUAUACUUUUUUUGUAUAAUGUAUCUAUCUCAUGAUAUUACCCAUGGUUUCAGUAUGAUCUGUUGUAUAUGUUCCACGGUAUAUUUAAUGUCUCUGUAAAGGCACUUCCAAACAUUUUGAAAACGAAGAAAUAAAACAUGUUGGAUGAUU